UGCAUUCAUUAUGUGUGGUAUUGCCAUUGCACCGCGUCACUGAAGCGCUACAAAGUAAACAGAUGUAUUGAUGUGCCGUGUACCGAAAGCAUUGACAGAUCAAUCUAUCGCAUCACGGUCAUCGCCAUCGCCAAUCAGUGAUGGCCAUCAACUUCACCAACGAAGCUCUUGGUACGAGCGUGCACACUGAUCAAGUGUGCACAGACGACUAUGAGGUUCAAAACCUGGUGCGAAAUAACUCCAGCAAAAGGCGCAACGGCUUUAUGGCGGAAUACUUCAUCAAGCCUCCGGUCAGCGUGGUUUUCUGUUUUCCCGUUGCCCUUGAGAUACACUGCAUUCGUUUGGGACUCCAGCGAGGACCUGUCCGCUUGACAGGCUUCGAAGUUUGGACCUCGCAAUCUGAAACGACUGAAGACUUCGCCAUGAGUGCGAGGAGGUUCGACGUCAAAAGUAGCGAAGUAGUGCUUAAUAACAGACAGUAUCGACCAAGAGGACCGUUCUUGGCAUUGAACCUUCCGUCGAUUAAUCUGAACGGCUGUGAAACUUCCACAAUGAAACCAAUCUUCUCAAGAGGUGUUAGACGCUUGAAGAUCAGACUACUGAGAGCAGAAGGUAGCACUGCCGUCGGACUUCAGUCAUGUGAUGUUUGGGGUCAGCCGAUGUCUAGUUCGUGUGGCCUCGGCGAACAAAAAGACUUGAUACAAAAGUUUCUGCUCGCAGCGAAAGGACCACAGUUUCAGGCCCGUGCCCUGCGAAACAGGGGGACUAGUCCCACUCCAGCGAGCGACAGAGUGGCAAACAGUGACUCAGUAAAUGGUGUGAUCACGCAAGAAAGUGUCGACAUUCCAUCCGACUUCCAAGAUGCAUUGACGUACGAGCUUAUGGUGCAGCCGGUCCUGUUACCGAGUGGACAGGUCAUCGACCAAUCAACACUCGACAGACACGUGCAGGCGGAAGGAAGGUGGUGCCGUCAGCCAACGGACCCUUUUACGGGCGUUGAAUUACGUGGCCAAAAUGCCCCCAAGUUCCUACCUGAGCUGAAGGCUCGAAUUGACCAGUUUGUCAUCAAGAACGUGAGCGAGCUCGGUAAUUGUCCGAGAACAGUGGGUAAAGGUAGCGGGAUAAGAAGCCAUGCCAGCGUAGUUGCAUUGGGGUUGGCAGUUUCGAAUCUGUCACAGUCUACGAGAAAGGAGGUUGGUGAAGCACACUGCAGCAAAAGAAAGCGCGAGACAUAUGAAGAGGGCUCUAAAAUGGCGAAGUAUGGACAUGCACAACAAGACGGAAGUGAAAGUGCAGGUACAAGCCACGAAGAUAAGGUGGCAAUGAGCCUCCAGUCUUCAAUAGAGGAAACGCUAAAGGAGAUAAGAAAUCUCAAACCUAAACCUACGACAUCGCAGCUCCUGAACUGCAAGUGUGGAGCUCGAGACCCUUCUUAUAAACUUCCGUGCGAGCAUUACAUGUGCAGGACUUGUUUAACGAAAACUGUCACAAAGGGUGAAGGACAGUGCUAUUGCAAAGUGCAGUUUGUGUCCUCGGAAGUUGUGAGAGUACACACAGCAAUGUUUAACUGUUGAUCGUGGAGCGAGACAGACAGAAUAAAAUUAUUGCGUGUAGGUCAAAAACAGUUGGGUCUCUUUGUAUUGGGGCUGUACUUGAGAUGAUAUAUUCUUGACAAGGGGCUUUUG